UGUGUGUAUUGGGGUGAAGGAAAUUGAAGUCUGCCAAUAAGAAGGCGGCGAGAUCAAUCCGCAGCCCUGGACUAUAAGAGGCGGGCAGUCACUAAACAGGCAGUUUCCUCCAGCUUUUCCAUCAGCCGGAGACUGACAGCGGCUCGAAGAUCCGUUCCAGAUGGCCGUCCUCCUCCUUCUUCUCCUCCUGCUGAUCUCUGCCCCGCUCCUUGCUGUAGUCGCUUGGCACGGGAGUCCGGCACAGGAGCAGGACACCCUGCGUCGCUUCUUGGGUAGAGCCCAAUCCGUACCUGCUGAACGGGGAGAGGCAAGUCCCGGGCACCGACCUCGAUACCCGUUCUACAUGAUCCAACUGUACAAGGCUGUGACCGGCAGAGGUGGCAGGGAUCUCUCCGCCCAGGACCAGACGGCGGUGCAAGAGGCAGACGAAGUGGUCAGUCUGAUGGCCAGGGCUUGGAAUCACAGUGAAGAUGGCUGGGUUAUCAAUUUUGACAUGACCUCCAUUUCGGCCCACGAGACUGUACAGUUUGCCGAGCUUCGCAUCCGCCCACCUCUGUUCUCCACCUGCCAAAACACCACAGUUGUCAUUAACCACAGCCACAUCUACAAUUGCCAUGGCAACAGGACUUGCUACGACCACUUGACUCUCGGCUCCUUCACCGCAGGCCCUUCCAGCGCCAGGUCGGGUUGGCAGGUCUUCAACAUCACCGGCCUCCUCAACACCUGGCUGGGCCACGAGUCUUUCGAAGGAUCCGGGCAAUGGGAUAUUCACCAGCCUCUCUCCGGGGACUGCCAGGAGAGUGAAGAGCGCCGGCGGUUGCCGCCGGCGAAGCGGGCCAAGCCAGGAGCCGCGGCGGGCCAGAGGAGGCCUCCCAAGCGGAAUGCUCACCAGAUCAUGAUGGUGGUGUUUCUCAAGAGGAAUAAUGCCAGGCUCGGAGGGCCGACCUCCACGCUGCUGAGUACCGUGCUGCAGUCGGAGCACCGGCUGGGCGGCAGGCACCGGCAAGAGGCCGGCAGCAAGAGGCACAAGAGGAACAGGAAGGAAAGGCUGAACAUGGGCAACAGCACGGUGGAGCUGAGGAAGGACCAGUCCCUGUGUCGGAGGAUGGACAUGGAGGUGAACUUUGAUCAGAUAGGAUGGGGCGAGUGGGUCAUCUACCCCAAAAGCUUUAAUGCCUACCGGUGUGGCGGGGAAUGCCCAUCGCCAGUGGAUGAGACGUUCAUGCCCACGAACCACGCAUACAUGCAGAGUCUACUGAAAUCCCUCCAUCCUGAGCGCGUGCCCUGUACGUCCUGCAUUCCAAUCAAAAUGAGUGCCUUGUCCAUGCUUUACUACAAGGACUGGGAGGUGGUGCUGAGUCACCAUAAGGACAUGAUUGUGGAGGAAUGUGGCUGCCAUUGAAUGAAGCCACACAAAUGUUUGGCUCGUCAAUUUUAAAAAAAUGUAAAUAAUGAAAAUACUGUA